GCUUGACCCCUGCGUCACCACCUGACAUCGUUGGUAAACCCGCCUGUGUCCUCAAAGACGGGACCCUCGGGUUAGCUAUUCCGCGCUGUCGUUAUGUCCGAGACAGCGCCAACCACACCCGUCCUGGGUCAUCUACGCUAUUAAUAUAGAUCCUAGGUAUCCCUCGGGACACACCAGGACACCCUAGGACACCCUAAUAGUCUCAUGAUUCCGACCUGAGCCACACGGUCUCUCUCUUUCCUUGUGUCGCCAGCACCCUCGCAGCCCGUCGGCUUUUAAAUAGACCCUGCUACCCUCGCACGCUCGAGAGUGCACGGCACCGGUCGGGAAACAACAUCGAACUAGCGAACCCAUCAUGGAAUACAACGGCGGGAGUUUGGCGUCGGAUCACCUCUGCGUGCUCGUCCAUGGGCUCUGGGGCAACCCCGAACACAUGAAAUCCAUCGCGAAGGCCCUACGAGAUAAAUAUUCCGAAGACCAGCUCUACCUCCUCGUCGCCAAGCGCAACAGCGGCAGCUUUACGUACGAUGGCAUCGAGCUGGGUGGCGAGCGCGUGUGUCACGAGAUCGAAGAAGAACUCGAGCUCAUCCGAAGCAAGGGUGGAAACAUCAAGAAGUUGAGCAUUGUGGGAUACUCCCUCGGCGGCCUCGUCGCGCGGUAUGCCGUCGGACUGCUGGAGAUGAGAGGCGUGCUCGAUAGAGUCGAGCCAGUGAAUUUCACCACCUUCGUGUCGCCGCACCUCGGCGUCCGGACGCCGCUGCGCGGGUGGCACAGCCAGGCCUGGAACGUCAUGGCCGCCCGCACGCUCUCCAUGUCGGGGCGCCAGCUGUUCUUGAUCGACGACUACCGGGACACCGGCCGGCCGCUGCUCUCCGUGCUCACCGACCCGGAGUCGAUAUUCAUGUCGGGCCUCAAGAAGUUCGCCCGCCGCACGCUGUACACCAACGCGGUCAACGACCGCAGCGCCGUCUACUACACCACGUGCAUCGCCAAGACGGACCCCUACGCGGACCGGGGCCGCAUCCAGGCGCACUACCUCGAGGGCUACGAGGACGUCAUCCUCGACCCGCUCAACCCGGUCUCGCUCGCCGCCCCGAAGCGCGAGCGCCGCACCCUCGCCGGCGCCGCGUCCCACGGCCUGCGCCAGGCGCCGACCAUGGUCGCGCUCGCCGUCUUCAUCCCGAUCGGCGUGACGGCGUUCCUGCUGACGUCGGUCGUGCAGACCUUCCGCAGCCUGCAGCGCAUCCGGCUGCACGAGUCCGGCCUCGCCGGCAUCCGCGUCGAGAACUACCGGUCGCCCAUCUGGACCAAGGACAUCCGCGGCACCGUCGAGGACGUCUACGAGAACCUCAACAGCUCCCAGGGGCCGUCGUACCUGCCGCCCGCCGGCGACGGCAGCCCCCUCGACGAGACCGGUGACGAGACCGAGAGCGACCCGAUCGCCCUCAAACGCCGGCAGUCCCACCCCCAGUUCCCGACCCUCGCCCUCGCGCCCGCCCAGUUCGCCAUGAUCGACGAGCUCGACAAGGUCGGCUGGCGCAAGUACCCCGUCUGGAUCCACAAGGUCCGCCACAGCCACGCGGCCAUCAUCGUUCGGUCCGACACGUCGAGGUUCAGCGAGGGUUUCGUCGUGCUUCGGCACUUCGUCGACAAGGAGUUCCUCAUCUGAGACUUUUUUUUUGCUCCCUCCUCGAUCGCAGUUACGCCCCACCCCACACGGACUAAGGUUUGUAUAGUACGUCCGAUUACCAGACCCUAUUUUUUUUUUCUCUCUCUCUAUAGACUUGUAGACCUACCCAGGCGUUUGGCACCGAGCAGAGCGCAGACGGAACGGCGCGGAAGGAAAGAAAGGGAAACGAUCCGCGUGAGAGCGUGAGUGAGCAAAGCGAACAACGUGGUUUGUAUUGCUGGCUGAUACCCUCGACGUAAAGGAUUGACUUGUAGCUGGCUGCAGCGCUUGGCUUUAAUAGACGAGCAAGGGUGUCCUCGGGCCGACAGGGAAGAAACUGUAGAUUA